AGAGAACCACAAUAUAGAAGAAUCUACAAUCUUGAGCCUUUUUGCAAGUGACUACGAAACCAGUUCUGCUCUUCCCAUACCUAUCCAAGUGGUGGAGCUGACCAACAUUCCUACAGAGUUAAGGAUGACAGUGGGAACACCUCCGACAAGACCUUCACGAAGAAUCCACAAAACUACUAACUUGGAAUCCACCCAGCCAUAUGGAGAUAAAUAUAUAUAUGGAGCCUGGUAUUUGGACCCAAAGACAUGGUCAAAAAGAAGAGCUGAUGAACCUCUGAUCGAUCCCAAUUUUGAGGCUGAGAAAAACAAAACGAUUUUGCCUGAAGGGGCUGGAGAGAAGGAUGAAGAAAUAAGAGGACUUCAUGCAACAAUAUCUUUCAAAAAAUAUAUAGAGGCUGUAGGAUGCAGGAAACCAGAGUUCCUGGAGAAAUUAUUUGCCGAAGUUGAUGAAAAUCAAACAGGAAUUAGAAGAACAGCUUGAAACAGAAACCUGAGACAGAAACAUCAGACCAAUUUUAACUCAGCUUAGAAGCUCAUUUGAAGACCAGCUCUCUUGUUUAUAAAUUUCUCUCAGAUCCACAUACAAUAAACAUACC